AUGUCGGCGUUAUAGAACUAGACAAAGGGAAGAGCCACCAACGCCGCCGCUGUUCGUGACAUUCCCUAACAGCGCAAUCAAUGUUAUUGAGUCCAACGGGGCUUGCUUUCAGGUCAGUGUGUAGAGGACUGCAGCCUAACACAAUAGAGUCUCUCCCUUUGCUUUCCAAUGCAAAGCAUAGGGACCGAUCCUAUACACACCUGGGAGUUAAGUCCGUCGAAUUCAGCAAGUCUUGCUUCGGGGGAGGCGCCGCUUCGCCACACUGGUUCCCUGCCAUCAGCUCAUUGAUUUAAUUUCUGUUUUUCACUCAUGGGACGAAACAGAGCUGCCCGUACAAAGUAAUGAAGAUAUUCUAGAUUCUAGAGGAGUUCAUACCGGGCAGAAGUGAGGCAGCGGUCAAGACGGGAGUUCUUGCUCGUUCUAACUGGGAUCUUAUUUCAUGUGUUAAAUGUUUGUGCGUAUUUAUUAUAUAUAUAUAAUAAAAUAUAUAUAAUAUAUAUAUAUAUAUUCAUGAAAACCUGCUGCGACAAUAAACAUAAGGAAAGAAAUAGGGUGUUGCAGGACUUUUACGUCUAAACUUUUGGGCUGGUCUUAUGUGUUGGUUCUGCAUAGGCAGCACUCUGCAAUUUCCAAUCCCCGAUUCCCAAAAUGACUGACAUGGCGGCACAAGCUCUAUCCCAUUUUAAAUAUCACUUCAGGGGAGCGAGUGAACGUGCGAGACGAAAAGCAAUGCCAGGAUGAAGGCGCGCCGAAGAGACCCGCGUACUUUCCUAUGAUACACCCCGCUUCUGCCAAGCCGCCAGCGAAAAAAACCGGAAGUCAAGGCUGCGUGAAACGCCCACUUUCCCUAUCUCGGCGGCCUUCGUGCGUCUCGACACCCCUCCCGUAUACUACCCUUGGUCUCACAUCAGUUCCAUCUCGAUUAUCUCUAUGAUGCCGGAAGUAGCGGUCAUAGAAGCGGUAGCAGAAGAAGGGUGCGGGCGGAAGUGGGCGAGCGCUGGAGGCGGAAGUUGCGGGAGGUGAGCUUCCGCUUCCGUUUUGCGGAGAGUCCUCCCGGCGCCGCCGCCGCCACUGCCACUGCUGCCGCUUCUACCCUGUCCGCCGGGAGAGGCCCGGAGCCCCCGCGAGGGCCAUAGAGAGGGGCUGGGGUAGAGCGGUCCCCCUCCCCCUUGAUCUGUGGGCAUUGCCAGGGAGACGAAGGAGUCCGGGGCGGAGUCCUCCCUCAGGCUGGGCCAGGCCGAGGUUUCUCCAAAGGGACGGAGCCGUCGCCUCUCCCCGCUCCCUCCGUCCCCGCUGCCCGCCUGACCCGGAAUCCAGCGUGACGCCUCACCCCAGGUAGCCUUUGCCCAAGGAAGCUGCUCUGAACUCUGACCCGCCGGCCCCGGAGUGAUCUCUGACCUUCCUGCCUGCGUGACCUUUGAACCCAGCCCCCUACCCGAUCCAAGUGCCCCCCGCCUCACGAUCGCCGUUGGAAACCCCUCUUGGCCUCGUUCCCUGGGAAAGCCCCACUCCUGAAUCCACCCCCCUCGGUGGCCUGGCAAGCUCCCUCCACCGGCGGCCCUUGCAACCCCCCAACUUGUCAAGAUCCCCCCGUUUUCCAAAAGAAGCCCCUGGCGAUGCCCCCUGGCUGGGGGAAGUGGGGAGGCGGAAGCACCUUCUCUGGACCCUGAGGCUCUUGGGGGUGAUAUUGCUGCUGACUCCUUCGCCCGCCUAGAGCCUCCACUCACCUGGGGCUCAUAAAAGUGUGACCAAGAGAAAGUUGCCCGGAAGAUCUGCAGAAGAAGGGACACCGAGAUCGUUGUGCCCAGGUGCGUGGCUGCUUGUCUGUAGGCGAACAUGGCUGGGAGGUGGUGGAGGCCAGCCAGGAGGCUGUGUGGCAGCAACCCAUAUGCCCUUUCCUCUUUCCGGGCUGUUAGAUUUUGUUACUGCCCUUUCAUUUCAAACCAUCCAAGAUCAGCUCACGGGACAGGCGUGUCCUGCAAGAGUGAGUGGGAGAGGGAGCGCUCUCUGGCAUCUCUGAAGUGAGGCCGGCCCCGUGAAUGCAAGAUGAGUUAUAUGGAAGGAAUUGAUUCAGUGGUUCUUGGUUGAAAUAGAAGGAUUUGCACCUGCCGACUUCCAGCAAAUUGAUAGUGGGGCUUUAUUAUUUUUAUCUUGUUUAUUGAAUUUAUAUGUUGCCCAAUACCUGGAGGUCUCAGGGCGGUUCACAGAACAAAAUCAAAAUAUAAAACCACAAAAUAUAUAAUCAAAAUUAAAAACAACAACCCAAUGACACCUCCUCAGCACAUUUUAAAAAGAAUACAAAAUAUUAUACUCUUUUCUCUGAAAUACUAGAAAAGUAAUUGACAGAAAUUGAUUGGGAGUUGGUUGAGAGCAGCAAAGAAAUACUGUUUUCUGCUAUAUGUUCAUUACAAAAUGUGCUGGCAGUCUGCUUUUUGGUGGCUUUAGCACAGUGUUCAAAAUUUCCCAGGCACGUUUUGCUACUGGGACGGAUCCAAUUGCGACUACGCGGAGAUUUCUGGGGGCCAGGUUGGCGACCACAGUUUAAAACCUCUGCAUUGGUCCAUAGUUAAUACCAUUUCCAUUUCCACUUUGUGUGUUUCUCUUUCUUGCAUACUGGGCCAAGUGAAUUGUUGUAAGAGCAAGCUACAGUCAAGCAGUGUAGUUGAGGUCAUAGAAGUGUAGCAUUGGAUGGGAGCCUGAGGGUCAUCUAGUCCAACCCCCGGCAAAUAGACAGUCCGAGUAUGCGAGGUUUAAGGUGCCAUUUGGUACCUAACUUACAUAUUUGAGUUUCUAACAGUUCUUCUGCAGAAUGCAAACGACAGAAUUUGUUUCCAGAAGAUGUGGCCAGUGAGCCAGGCAGCUUGAAGAAAGAAUAAAGCUGUCAAAGCUUCACCUGUACUGGCUUCAGGAUCAGAAUUUGUAUGCCUCUGAAUGCCAGGUGCUGGGGAACGCAAGCAGGAGAGUGAAAAGAUACCUGUGUCCUGCUUUGGGCUUCCCAUAAGCCUGCGAGUGGCCAUGGUGAGAGAGAGAGGAUGCUGAGCUAGGUAGGCCUGUGUUUUGAUCCUUUAGAGUUCUUCCUACAUUCACUGAAAAACCUGUCAGCGAUUGCUAGCCAGUAAUGAUGAUGGAACCUCCCUUGGCAGAGAUAACAUACCUUUUGUUAACUAGAUGCUGUGGAUGAGCAACAGGGAACACUUGUCCUGGGACACAUGGCUGACUAUUGUUGGAGAUGGAAUGGUAGGCUCCAGCAAAGGGAAUAUUGUGUGAUUUUUCAGCUUGUCAGAGCUACAGGAAGCUUAAGCUUGUUCCUUGUGAAAUCUUUGCUUCUGAAGCAAUUUUGGGUGGGGCGGGGGAGGCUAUACUUUGGCCACUUGCUCUUUCAUCCAAACAAGCUCCUCUGCCUGUAUAAACACCUGGAUUUCCUUUCUUUUUUUACUUCUUUACUUUCUAGCUUGGUUCUCAUCCUGGAUGCAGGAGUGGGACCCUUUGCCUAUCAGUGCUGGCUUUGCCACAGAGCUUGUUGUUCUGGUGCUUGAGUUUUCAAGGUGCGGAGUAGGAGGAAGAGAAAUUGGAGCGUGGCUUGUUCCUGCUUUCUGCCUCACUCCUCCAGGCCUAGGGCCUAGACGCCACCCCUGCGGUUUUGUUGUGGGUACUUAUAGCAAAGCAAAGGUACUCUGUGCAUAUGCCAAGUUCCUCUUUUUAUUAUUAUGUCCUAUCUUGCAGUGGUAAGGCCUUGUUUAAAAUUAGAGGAGGCAUGAAAGUAGGGCAGGCACCUUGGGAUUGGACAGGUGAGACAGAAGAGAUUUAAUGGUCAUUGGGAAAGUUGCAUGUCUUGGGGCAGGCAAAGGUACAGAACUGUAAGACCAGAAUUGAUCUUCCAGCUGUCUGACUUUGAACUAUUUUAGGGUCACUCCUAGCUGUUUUGUUUUUAUGUAUUUUGUGUCCUCUUUCUUUUUUUUUAUGUUGUGAACAACCCUGUGAUCUUUGGAUGAAGGGCAAUGUACAAAUUUAAUAAAUAAUAAUGUUUCGCUCCUGCUGUGAGCACUAGAAAUUUGUGUUGCUUUCUCAAGGUGAAUUCUUGGGAGUGCAUUCCACCAUCUGGCUGCUCCUGUUUGCUUUCGUAGAUCCACAGUUCUGCCUUGGUUCUUCUUUUGCCAGCUUUUAUUGGGGCCUGUGAGAUUUUGGCUAUGUAUUCUUACUAGCUGAUUAGACACAAAGUGGGAAGGUGAUCUUACAAGGUGAAUUAACAAUCCACAAUUUUUAAAAAAACAAAACUAACAUAUUUUAAAAAUAACUUUAUUGUUUAUUUAAAAAUUUUUUUACUGGUUUUUAAAUUGUUGUCUUUUCUAUGCUUUUAGUGGUUCUUAUUUUUAUCUGUAAGCUGCCUUGAGUCUUGUCAAAGAGAAAAGGAGGAAACAAACAAACAAACAAACAAACAAACACAGAGGUUAAAUUUGGCAUGUUAAGCCAACAUAUAUAAUCUUUUGAAACUAAAUCAGUGUGACCCACUGUCAGAUAGUGGCUAGAUUCAGGAUAGGAACAGAGGAAGUUGCCUGCUACUGAGUCAGACUAUCGGUUCAUUUAGCUCAGCAUUGUUGGCAGAGUGACAGCAGCUUUCUAGGGUUUCAGACAGGAGAAUAAUUUGAAGGAUUGUCUGAAUGCAGCUAUUGAGUCCGAGGACCGUUUUUCUGUGUAAAUAAGUAGCCACGAACAAAUAAUUUUCUGAUUUCCAGCAUUAUAAAUUGUGACAUCAUGGGUCCUAUGGUUGUGAGUGACGGGACAGAUUUCCCUAAAAGACUUGGAUACCAGAUUCCUCCCCUACCCCCCCAAUAAUUUCUGCAGUUAGUAAAUGUAGAUCACUAAAUGCUUGAAGCCUUCACCUGGGUGCGAGACAGCUUAUCAGUGUAAUACUGCAGGCUGACUCAGUUUCCUGGCCAGGAACCACCUGGGAGAAGAACCAUCAUGUAGUACAAAGGAAGGUAAUGGGCAAUUGGCACAGUUACCCUGUGCCAGGCAGCAGAGGAGUGUGAGCUCCUCCUCCCAUGAGGGGGUGGUGAGCAGAAACAAAUGCCAGGUUCAGAAUUUCGGUAUUUGAUGAUGUAAGCUGGGAGGGGGAGUUUCAAGUGGGCAUUGGGUGGUGUCAUAGGCUGGAGGAAAAAAAUGUGGCAUUUUUAAAACAAGGUUUGAAAAGGCGAGAGGGCAGGAGGAGAACUCCACGUGAGGCUGGCCGGGAGAGGCUGUCUGCUUUUGACCCAAGCCUGCUGAAAUUAUGAGGGGAGCAUCUACAACAACAAUUUAUUACUUGUACCCUGCACACCUGACUGGGUUGCCCCAGCCACUGUGGGUGACUUCCAACAGAAUAUAAAAGAACACAAGACACAUCAGACAUUGAAAUCUUCCCAAAACAGGGCUGCCUUCAGAUGUCUAUGGAAGGUUGUAUAAUUAUUUCUUUGACAUCUGACAGGAGGGCAUUCCACAGGGCAGGCGCCACUACCGAGAAGGCCCUCUGCCUGGUUCCCAAUAAACGAGAGACACUCUUGGGGUGUAAUGUUCUGCACUUCCUCCAUCAAAACCCAAGUGUAAAUAUGUGUAAAUAAACCAUAUUUCUGAACGACACUACAGUCUCUGCCGUGCCUCACUCCAAAGGAACAAAAACCCUGGUUAACACCAAGACCCCUGGCAUCUCAUGCUUCACUUGGCAGAGAUUGGAGUGGCCAGUAGCAAUAUAUUAUGAUGUUGCUAUGACUGGAUGUCAGAGGCCGGUAAGUUAUUGCUGGCACUGAGAUGGCUCCAUAGACCACCCACUUGUGCCCACCUGGUUGAUUGUGCGUACUGUUUUCACACUUUGUAAACCUGCUGUUUACUGACUUUAUGAAUAUUUACUCUGAACAAAUAAGAAGCAAAUACAAAUUGCUCUGCCUAGUAAUUUAGCACCAGCACUUGGUUCUGGGCACCUUGUUAUCUCUAAACAGGCAGAGGUGCAUGGCCUGCAAGCAGCUUGCAGACCGCUUCUGGAUUGUUAACUACAUUUACAUUUCUAGGGCAGGGGUAGCAGUGUGGUCAGGCAGGCGAGUUGAGCAAUGUAGGCGAAGGAGAAGUGAAACAGAAAAAAGCAACUCCGGAAAGAAAGAGUGUAAAUGCACUCUUUAGUUGUAAAUUAGUUGCUUUACUGGUUAGGUUAUUGUAACUUAGGAAGAGCCCUGUGGGAUCAGGCCCAAGUGACUAAGAUGCUUCCAAGAAGCCCACAGGCAGGUCAUGGAGGCAAUAGUGUUCACCCACAUGUCAUGCCAAUGACGGCUCAGUUAGAUGAAGCUCCCCUCCUUCUGCCUGUCCUCACACCCUUUUAAAGGCAAGUUGUGGCACUGAACUCUGUGACUUGGGUGUGCAUUGUAUGCAGAGAGAGGUAUUUCCUUUGUUUGCCCUGGAUAAUCCAAGAGUUUGAUUAGUGGUACCUCCGGUUACGAACUUAAUUCAUAACUUAAUCUGUUCUUAACCCGAAACUGUUCUUAACAUGAGGCACGCUUUUGCUAAUGGGGCCUCCCACUGCUGCCGUGCUGCUGGCAUGUGACUUCCGCGCGCAUCCUGGGGCAAAGUUUGUAACCAGGAUCAUCUACUUCCGGGUUAGCGGAGCUCGUUACCUGAAGCAUUCAUAAGGAGGACGGUACGUAACCCGAGGGUCCACUGUACACCACUUAGAGAUAUUUUUAUAUUUUGAGCAGUAUGUAAAAGGUAUUAUUAUUAUUAUUAUUAUUAUUAUUAUUACUACUAUUAGUCAAGCGGCUCUUACCAUUUCCGCUAAUGCUUGAGUGAAAUUGCCCUCCUGUAACUCAAACCCACCAGAUCUAGUCUGGACCUCUAAAGCAGCAGAGAAACAAGUGUUUGCCUCCAUCCAUACUUGAAGAGUGAUAUCAAGACGAAAUAUGCCCACUUCCUUUCACCUUUCCUCAUAGGGUUUGUUUUCCAUCCCAUUCCCCAUCUUCCUUCCCUGGACCUGUUCCGAUCUGUCUCCUCCUUUCUUACUGAAGAACACAGGUAUAUCAGCCACCAGAACUAGAGAGAGGAUGUAAGCUUCACUAAGGAGCAAAUUUUGGUAGGUCUCAAGAGAAUUAUUGUGGGUUUUUUGCUUGCGUAUGCUUCUCUGUGACAUUAUUUGCAUCCUGCCCUUCCUCUGAGAUGCACAGAGAGGUGGGGUAGGGUUGAAGCUUCUUCAUGGCCAAACUAGGGCAUAACUUGCAUUUCUCACAUACAGACCCAACAGUUUAGUGAUUGUGCUGGUUUUGUAUCAUUCUGUUUCUGAUAAUGGCCAGAUUGAGAACAAGGCAGGAAAUCCAUCCACGUGCACCGGUCUUCUUUUAUUAGGCACUGUCUACAUAUCUUCGUCUCUCCCUUAGGGACUAGAAACUUUAAAGAAAAUUAUGAGGACAUGGGGUUCUACAUCCAGUACAAAUUUCUCCCCUCGCAGUUACAGAAUGCACACAUCUGUGCCUGGUUAGUGCAUUUCAAAGCGCAAGGGAAAUAAGUUCUGCCAGAAAGAAAAUCAAAUUCUGUGUGUAGAACUACCCCAGCUUCCAUGUGGAAAAGUCCUUGCUCUGUGUAAAGCUGUUCAGAAGGUACUUCAUUCACAGCACAGCUCUCACAAAACUUGGUGGACUUUUAUCUUCUUGCCGUUGGAAUGAGUGGCAUCACUCUAGGGGAAGAGCAAUUAUGUGGGUCAGUGAUGUGCAGCUGAAGAGCCUGGAGAGACAAAUAAUAGCAAGAGACUAAAGCAGUACAAGGCAGAGAAACUUCUCUUUUUAAAAAAAUGCUUUUUAUUGGUUUUUCAUUUAAUACCAACAAACAAAUUACAAUAAUAUUCAACAGUCGUUUACCCACAUUCUUUCCCAACACUCUGCCGAACAUUGACUUCCCUCCCUCCCUUCAACAAGUUUUCUUGCUUCAGUCACCUUACCCCAGUUUCUUACUACAGUGGUACCUCAGGUUACAUACACUUCAGGUUACAUACACUUCAGGUUACAGACUCUGCUAACCCAGGAAUAUUGCUUCAGGUUAAGAACUUUGCUUCAGGAUGAGAACAGAAAUCGUGCUCCGGUGGCGUGGCAGCAGCGGGAGGCCCCAUUAGCUAAAGUGGUGCUUCAGGUUAAGAACAGUUUCAGGUUAAGUACGGACCUCCGGAACGAAUUAAGUACUUAACCCGACUGUACCACUGUAUAUCCAGUCAACUGUACCACUGUAUAUCCAGUCAGUCUACGUCAUAAGAUUUAUUUCAGUCCUGUCAGAGUCCUGUCAGAGUCUUCAAAUUUCUACAGUUAUUAUUUAUAUAGUCCAUAAAUUUACUCCAAUCUAUUUGGAAUUUUGUUUCCUCCUGAUUUCGGAUCUUGCAGGUCAGUUUUGCUAGUUCCGCAUAAUCCACCAUCUUUGUCUGCCACUCCUCUAUUGUUGGUAAAUCUGGUACUUUCCAUUUUUGGGCUAACAAAGUUCUGGCAGCAGUCGUAGCAUACAUAAAUAACCUUUGAUCUGCUUUUUCUAUUUCCUCUCCCAUCAAGUCUAGCAAAAAAGCUUCCGGCUUUUUUGGGAAAGUGUAUUUGAAUAUCUUUUUCAAUUCAUUAUAAAUCAGUUCCCAAAACUGUUUCAUUUUCUCACAUGUCCACCACAUGUGGUAAAAAUCUCCAUCUUUAUCUAAACAUUUCCAACAUGUCUUACUACUCAUCCUAUACAUUCUCACCAAUUUAACAGGUUUCAGAUACCAACGAUACAUCAUUUUCAUUAUAUUCUCUCUUAAGGUGGUACACGCUGUAAAUUUUAUACUCUCAUUCCACAGUUUUACCCAAGCGUCAUACUCAAUGUUGUACGCAAAAUCCAUUGCAAAGCACAGAAAUUUCUCACAGACAUUGCAUGCAUUCAGAUAUAUAGGCGCAUCCAUUAUUUUAUGAUCAUAUAUUUCCCCCCCCCCCUUUCAAGUCUAGAUUGGCUUGCAGGGCAGAUCACAAUUAAAAGGGUUAUGUUGAGGUGUGGCAGAGGCAGUUGGUCAUACUGUCAGGGUUCGCCUCCAGAGAGAAAGAAGGCAAAAAGAAUUUCAGGUGGACUAAGAAGCUGACUGAUAAUAAACUCGUAGAAGCAGCCUUUCUCUUAAUUCAUGAGGUCUAGCAACUUGCUAAUUAAAAAAACCCUGACAUUCUUUCUAGGACCUCCGUGGAUCACCGCAUUCUGUGUUGGAUGCAAGAUUCUACACAUGCUUUCCUAUGAAGUUAGACCGCUGGUCUGUCUAACGCAGAUGGCAGCAGCAGUUUUCCAUGGUGUCAGGCUGGAGUGAAAACAGACAGGAGGCAGGGCUCAGACAGAUGUCUUUGUCAGAGAGGGAAGCAUCAUUGCAGUCAGUUUGCUGGUUAACUUGAAAAAUCUGGAGUCUAAUUGGAUUGUAAUCCCUGCUGUCUACAGUAAGGAUACAGUGAUUUAGUGGCACUGUUUCAUCUAAACUCCCACAAUGAAUUCAUGAGUACCACCACCCCCCACACACACAUCCAACCAGUUAUUUUCCUCAUUUCGUCAAGGAAAACUAUUUUAUAUCUCUCCAGUUAUCUGCAAACGUCACUUGGAUUUACAAUACCAUGUUUUUCAUUGUUUAAGAGUUUUCAUCAAAUGCGAGACACUGGCAGGGGUGGAAUCUCUUAUCCCAGAGGCUUUGUUUAGUAGUCCAAGUAAUCAUUCUGUCCUCUUGCCAGACUGUGGGAUGCAGGAGGAGGAAGGGAGGGCAGAAGGGAGAUUUAAAAAAAUGAUGGCGGGGAAACGAGUGCCCGUAACCGGAGGCUUUCGGUCCAUUUCUCUUAGCAAAAGUAGCUGUCCUUGGAAACUGUGAAGGAGGGAGGGCCUUUGCCAAAGAUGUGUUCAUUGAGAGGUUAUUUGGAGUUGGGGUUCUGGCCAAGUUCAGAGUCACUGGGACAACACAGGUGGGGGGGCACUGGAUUGGGUUUGUUCAGGGAGGCUUUAACCCGCCUUUCCACACAGUUGAAGCAACAGAACUCAGUCUUGAAUAAAAGAGGAGACAAUGUGGAGUAGUGGUUAGAGCAGGGGUUGCCAACAGGGCACCCACCAGACAUUGUUGGGCUCCCAGCUUCAGGGAUAAUGGAAAUUCUAGUCCAGAAACAUCUGGAGGGCAUCAUGUAGGCUGUGCCUGGGUUGAACCCUUGAGUUGAGGGAGUCUUGAGUUCAAAUCCUCACUCAUCCGUGGACUUCAGUAGGAGAGCUGGGACCAGUCACUACCUGUCAGCCCAACCUACCUCACAGGGUUGUUGUGAGAGGGCAGAGAGCCCACUGCCCUGAGCUCCUUGGAGAAAAGGGCAAAGGAUAAGCUUAAUAAAUGUCUGAACCACUGCACCGUACUUUCUGAGUGGCUUUCCUUUUAACAGUUAAGAAAUCAGUGCUUGGCUAGAUGUUGAAUAAAUCUUUCUACGUUGGGGAUGUAGAAUAUGUGGCUCUCUGGAUGUUGUCAUUUUGGUGGCUUAUUAUAUAACAGGGGUUAUUUCAUCUCCCCGUACAGGUUGAAGAAUAAAAUAGUUAGGAUGGCCUUUCUUUUCAACUGUAAUAACUUUUCUUUACAAAAUUGUAAGCUAUCUUUAACAAAGCCCCCCUUGGAAUCCUUGAAAAAGUCCCCUUUUACUGAGAUCUUAGAGAAUAUAGUCUGAUCCAACUAGCACGAGUAGGUGGUGGAUGGGGAGCCACAUUGGUGCAAUGAUUUAUAACCGCUGGCUCCUAAGCCAGGAGCGCCACUAAGCUAAGCUCCAUUCAGCUGAGUGUUGCAGGCAUGCCAUGAUGUGGUGGUCUCAGUUGAUGCCUGUGUGCCUCUGCCCUCUCCCACUGGAUCUUCUUCAGCCGCCUCCAGUGUGUCUGUUUCGGAAUUCUAUGGCUUGGAGGCAGCGUAGAGAAAAACCGGAAAGGGGUGGAAGGUGGAAGUUUCCAGAAUCUGGCCACAGUGACUCAUUCCUCAGCAAUGUGGACUUCCUUCCUUUUGACGUUUAAGAAUGUUUGGGGGUCAGGCAGGGCCAGGGGCUCCAGGAAGCAGCGGAUGGGUUUGGGACAAAUGCAGCGAGUUGCACAUCUUCCAGCCUUUGCUCCUCUCGGCUCCCAGCAGCUUGUCCCUUCCUAGAGACCCCGAGAGCUUUGCCUAGUCCACAGGUGCGGAGAGAGAUUGUUGAAUCCCGUACCUGAUGAUAGGAAGCUUGAGGAAAGUGUAUAUUGUGUAUGUGUGCAUGUAUGUGUAGUUGCUGGAGUGCUAGACUUAAGACUAGGGCGAUCGCACAAACAUCUACCAUCUAUUACCCAGUGGAUUGAAUACCACACACUGCCCUUUCUAUGUUUGAAAGCAUGGCUUAUAAUCACCAAUUUCAUUUGGCCUGCCUGUGUUACUUUAUAUGUUUAAAUCGAGACUGGUGGAAUAUUCUUAUUGCUAACGUCAUCUGGCAAUGCGUGUUGUGGUUUAUUAGUUAUUUGGGUGUUUUUUCCUGUUACGUUAUGAAAUAAUUGGGGAGGGGAGGAAGACAGGUUCAACUCCUUGCUGGAUUAUAUAGCUUUCUGGAGUGGCCUAGGGCUGGUUGCUGUAUGUUGGCCUGACCUAUUCUACAAGGCAGUUGUGAGGAUAAAAGGAGGGAACUAUUUAAGUCACCCUCAGCUUUUUGGAGGAAGCAUGGAAUAAAAAUGUAAAAUAAAUUUUCUGAACAGUGGAUCUUGAUCCUGGAGCCUGAUGCUCCUUUGAUCAGAGGGAGGGUAUGGCAUGCAUCGUUCUUCUUUCCCCAUCUUCUCCCCACCCCGUCCCUAAACAGGGUUGGGUGUGACACUCUUUGGGCUGCCUCUCACAUCCCAACAGGUUGGAUCUCCAAAAAUUGUUAGACUGCAAAUCCCAUCAUCCCUGACAUUGCUGCUUGGGAACGAUGGGGGUUAUAGUCCACCAAACUCUGGAGAACCAAGACUGGGGGAAGGCUGCCCGGGGAGGUGGGCGUUGUUCGCCUCUGUUUGAAGUGCUGGACUGGAGCCUUUUUGCUUCCAAUCCAGAACAGGAAAUUCUUACCCGGCUAUUGAACAGCAGAAGUUCUGAAUCCCCCCUCUCCUGGUUUUGUUUGCUUCUGAAGUGUCUAGCCCUCAAGAAUGUGCAGAGAAGCUUGAUAGAUAGUGGAAAGAUAGGGAGAGUUCUUAGAAAAGAGGAAGGGGCGGAAGAGGACUUCCUUUGGUCUGAGGGAGAGGGUGGCUCCUUCUGAAUCCUUUACGAGUUAUCAGAAUGAGAGAUACAGAUUGAAGCAGCAAAGCCUUGGAGACGGAGGCCGUUUCUCUUACCACAGACUAAAAAGUUGCUCUCCUUCUCUUGCCAGGCGCGUCUUGGAAUGGCUGCCAUGCCUGGAUGGCUUCGGAGGGUGCCCGCAGCACACUAGGGACCCUCAGCCAAGCAGCACCAGGGCGGCUGCGGUGGCCUCGCCCCUCGGGAAGCCAGCCGGGACCCGGGAGGCCACCUCUCCUGGCGUGAGCCGGGCCCGUCUCAAAGCCGUCAACGGGAAGCUCGGGGAAAGGGGAGGCCGCCCUCCCCGCUGCCCACUCUGA